UUGAGUGCUAACUAGUUGUCAUUCUGUUAGUGUUAAUUAUCAGUUCAAAGAAAAUCAUGAGUUCAUCUAACCAAAGCAGGUUUCUAGCAAAUAAACCAAGGAAUGAGGUUAAUGUGCAGGGAGGCAUCUUCAUAAUUGAUGGAAACACAACAUUUGUGAUGAACUAUGGGCGUUGGUCAGAAAAGCAUAAGAGACUUAUUUAUGAGAUGCGGAGUGCUUUAAAUUUUCAUAAUGACCAAGUUCUUGAUGACAAACUAGUGUUUCUUAUAGAAACAGUCAUGAAGCACUAUUUUGAACUAUUGGAGAUGAAUUCAAGUGCUGAAAAUUUAGAUGUCUUCAAUGUUGCUUCUGCUAUUUGGUGCACAACAGCUGAACGCAAUUUGUGGUGGAUUGGAGGCUUUCGCCCUUCUCAACUGCUUCAGGUUAUUCUGCCUCAAGUUCAGCAUUCGUGUUCCCAGCAACAACUUUCUGAUAUUUUUAAUUUUGUACAAUCCUGUCAACAAGCAGAAGAUGCUCUUGCACAAGGCAUGGAAAAACUCCACCAAAUCCUUGAUAAAGCAUCAGCAGCUGGUGACAAAGGAUUAAAAUUGACGUGUGUCUCACAACAAAUGUCAUUUUUAAAGCAGGCCGAUCAUGUUCGCCAGCAAUUCUUGAUUCAAUUAUCUCGUCUUCUUACAAUUUGUCGUUAUGCUGAAUUCUUAAUUGCCUUCGGUGAACGCCUCUAUAAGCCCCAGCCUUGGAGCUCACUUUGAGUUUCAGCAUCAUCGAUCAUCACAAUGAAACCAUACUAUAUAAUGAUACAAAUAAACUUUGCAUCGGAUCAAUGUGUGCAUUUAUCCUUUGCUUAGGUUAUUAUAAGAGAAAAAAUAUUAUAUAAUGUAAAAUUACAUUAUCAUUCAAUCAUCAUUUAUGAUAUAAGUUUGUU